GCACAUGAAUGAGAGACAGAAAGAGACAGAACCACAGAGAGGUUGUCGCUCAUCUUUGCAGCGUCGGCUUAAGCCACACAGCACAGCCCUGACUCUCCCGACCCAGGCAGGGGACUCAAUCAGGGGGGAUCUCUCCAGCGACCCAGCCCCUUCCACUGGAGCUCUGGAGGUGACACUGUGCCUGUCGUCCACCAGAAGGCUGACUCACUUCAUCGAGUGUGUGUGUGUGUUUUUGAUGUGAGUGCGAGCACUACUCAGAGGGUAGUUUUGCAGCACUGCUUACAGCUGAUAAUGUGUGACUUGAGUACCCGAGUGUGACAGACACACACAUAAACACACACACUCUGGAUCUGAGAGAAUGCCACUCUCUCCUGCAGAUGCUUUUCCCUGAUUCUGGAUGGCUUUCGGAUGGUUUACAAAUCCCCGGGAUUUGGAUAUAGAGUGAAUCACGGCUCACAGCUGGAGUGGAAGUAACACCUCCAAGAAAAGCAGAUUGGAUAGUCUCCCCGAGAUUCCUGUGCCAGCUGGAUUUCUCCACUACGAGUGAGGAGCCUCUCAAUCUAUUCCCAUCAGUUUUCACACCUCGGAGUUUCCGUCUGCGAGUCUGAUGAAAGGAUGCUACAGGGAGCCAACGACGGACUGAGCCCUACCUGAACCCCCCCUUUCCCCUCCCCUCCCUGACCCCUGACCCCCUCCAGAGCCCCGUGCCCGCCAUCCCAUCAUGCACCUGCUGUGCCGUGGGCGCAUGAAGCUGCUGGUGGCGUCCUUCACAGCCAUCGUCCUCCUCACCUGGCUCUACCUGCUGGCUGGCAACCUGGAGAAUGGUCGGUCCCUCCUCCUGGCUCCCUGCCUGGCCGACACCCCUGCGGCGCACGUCCUAGAGCGGACCGUUCUCGAGUCGCGGGUCCGAGAGGUGGAGGAGGAGAAUCGCCAGAUCCGACUGCAGCUCAGCCAAACGCAGGGAACGGCCGCCCAGCCUCCAGAUGGCAACCAGCAGUGGGGCGCGUCUGCCGACACGGGGCCGGAGGACGUGGAGAACACGGCGGAGGAGAAGAACAACCACACCGAGUGUCCGCGCUCGCCAACCGUCCAAAAGUGUGAGCUGAUCCAUGUAGCAUGCGUUUGUGCCGGUCACAACGCCAGCAGAGACGUGGUCACCCUGGUCAAGUCUAUCCUCUUCCACAGGAGAAACCCUCUUCACUUUCAUUUCAUCACCGACACAGUAGCCAAUCGCAUCCUGAGUUCUCUGUUCCAGUCCUGGAUGGUUCCGUCCGUGCAUGUCAGCUUCUAUGAUGCAGAUGAACUCAAGUCGGAGGUGUCGUGGAUACCCAAUAAGCAUUACUCAGGUAUUUACGGCCUGAUGAAGCUGACACUGACCAAAGCCUUGCCCUCCGACCUGUCCAAAGUCAUCGUCCUGGAUACAGACAUCACCUUCGCCACUGACAUCGCUGAGCUCUGGGGCAUUUUUCGGAAGUUCACCGACAAACAGGUGAUUGGACUGGUGGAAAACCAGAGUGACUGGUACCUGGGGAACCUGUGGAAAAACCACAAGCCCUGGCCUGCCCUGGGACGGGGAUUCAACACAGGGGUGAUUCUGCUCUACCUGGAGCGUCUGCGCCGAAUUGGCUGGGAGCAGAUGUGGCGGUUGACUGCAGAGAGAGAGCUAAUGAGCAUGCUCAGUACUUCACUGGCUGAUCAGGAUAUCUUCAAUGCCUUUAUAAAGCAGAACCCUGUCCUGGUGCACCAGCUGCCCUGCUUCUGGAAUGUCCAGCUGUCGGACCACACCCGCUCCGAGCAGUGCUACACGGAGGUGUCUGACCUCAAGGUGAUCCACUGGAACUCCCCUAAGAAGCUCCGUGUGAAGAACAAGCACGUGGAGUUUUUUAGGAACCUCUACUUGACCUUCCUCGAAUACGAUGGAAACCUGUUGAGACGAGAGCUGUUCGGCUGCCCUACCCAGGCCAGCCCAGAGAGCGUCCAGCUGCAGGCUGCGCUGGAGGAGCUGGAUGAGGACGACCAGUGUUACGACUUCCGCCGUGAGCGAAUCACAGUGCACCGUGUGCACCUCUACUUCCUGCAGUAUGAGUACACGCCCACUGGAGAUGACACCGAUGUCACACUGGUUGCCCAGCUCUCUAUGGACAGGCUACAGAUGUUGGAGGCCAUUUGUAAGCACUGGGAGGGCCCCAUUAGCCUGGCUCUCUACAUGUCAGAUGCUGAGGCCCAGCAGUUCCUGCGCUAUGCCCAGGCCUCCGAGGUCCUCAAAAACCGCAAGAAUGUGGGCUAUCACAUCGUCUACAAGGAGGGCCAAUUCUACCCAGUAAACCUUGUGAGGAACGUGGCCCUGAAGAAUGUCAACACGCCGUACGUGUUCUUGGCCGAUGUAGACUUCUUGCCCAUGUAUGGUCUCUAUGAUUACCUCAGAAAGUCUGUGGUGCAGCUGGACAUGGCCCACACUAAGAAGGCUUUGGUGGUUCCAGCUUUUGAGACGCUACGAUACCGCUUGUCCUUCCCUAAAUCCAAAGCUGAGCUGCUCUCCAUGCUGGACAUGGGGACCCUCUAUACCUUCAGGUACCAUGUAUGGACCAAGGGCCAUGCUCCUACCAACUAUGCCAAAUGGCGAACAGCCACCACACCCUAUAAGGUUGAGUGGGAGUCAGACUUUGAACCUUACGUCGUGGUGAGACGGGACUGUCCGGAGUAUGACCAGCGCUUCGUGGGCUUUGGCUGGAACAAGGUGUCCCAUAUAAUGGAGCUGGAUGCACAGGAGUAUGACCUGAUGGUCCUCCCCAAUGCUUUCAUGAUCCACAUGCCCCACGCUCCCAGCUUUGACAUCUCAAAGUUUCGCUCCAGCCCCAGUUACCGCAACUGCCUGAGCACCCUCAAGGACGAGUUCCACCAGGACCUGUCCAGAAAGUACGGCUCCGCUGCGCUGAAGUACCUCACUGCCCAGAGGAACAUCUAAAAGCAAGACUCACGAGAGUCAGCCUGCUUCCUAGUCAGUCCCUGAGCUUCUCACGGACAAGGCCUGGAGCUAAGGGAUGUACUGAAGCAGCACUCUGCAGUCUGCUACAGGCAUGUAUCACUACUGCUGAGUGUGAGGAUGACGGCAAAGCUUCACAGCCCUUUUGAACAGUCUUGGAACGGGCUCCUGUGUGUUAGUUCUCCAGUCAGCCCCACUUCAAGGUGACUGUGGAUGGAGUAUAGAGAUGAAAACCAAACAGGACAGGAUGACAGUGGAGUUCUUCUCCGCCGGAAUCACUGGGCAGAAAGUCUGUCAUAAGGGAUGACGCUUGAGUGUGGAUACAGAUCGGACUAGCUUUAAGGCAAUGGAAACAACAACCAUAUUGCUAUGAUUUGUUCUGACAAUCAGGGCUUUUUUUCCAGAAGACACAUUUUGAAUCAAUCCGUCCGCAUGGAUCGCUGGACAUUUUGCUUAAGGACACAAAGCAUCGGGACCUGUGUCAUUUUGGGAAAAUCAGCAUCGGAAGAGAAGAAUAUCACAAAGGGGGAUACAUUCAGAUAAGAUUUGCUGAGGCCAGUCGAACUGGAGAAACAUUUAAGCCUUAUCAUUUUCCAUAAUAUUUAAUAAGAUGUGAUAUUAAUAUUUUCCUUUUUUUUCAGUGUAAAUGAUUACCAAUGAUCAUUGGUAUGCCCAAUGUUUUGAUUACAGUGUCACAUAAGAGUUGCUUUAUUUUUCCUUUCUAUAUUUUCGGACCCCUUGAAAAGAAAAUAUAUCAUGUCCCAGUUUUAGUUAUUGGAGAGGAUCUGUGGGCUUGAGGGAUGUGUGUGCGCGUGCAAGGGUGAAUGUGUGUGUGUGUGUGUGUGUGUGUGUGUGUGUGUGUUUGCACGUGCACUCUGGGCAUGUCUUCAACAUGCUUACUGCUUGACUUUGUGUCACUGUGUCAUUCUUGCUUCUGUCUCGACCACACUGACGACAUGGAUAUUUGCUUGCAUCGAAACAGUUGCACUACAUUUUUGUUUCCCAGCAGAAAAUAGAAACCAUGAAAUGAUUUUCUCAUCUCGUUUCUCAUCUGAAAGAAGCGAAACCUUUGAUGCGAUGCGUAUGCCAUCACUGAUUGGGACCAUCUCACACGACCAACGCUGAAACGAUACAAUGAGCUGUUACCAUUGAACCUAUUUCCCAUGAGACUGCUGCACACGGGUGAAGGGCAAGAUAUUUCUUUCUUUUUUUUUUGUGCCAUAACAUCCAUAAUGUAUCUGAUUCACUGGAUAUAUGUGCCAUCUACUGUACCACCCGCCACCCAUUUCUCAUUAGCUUAAUCUUCCCAGCUGCAUUCAUUUUUUGUUUUGCUUUAAACAUGCAUCCUCUUUCUGACCUCCUCCUUUUCAUUUCUGUAAAAAUAGUGAAAAAAACAACUAUUUUCCACCUCACUCUGUCCCUUUUUGGCAUUUAGCAGGCUAGUAGAGAGGAUUUUAAAAAAAAAAAUCUACUAUAAUAUCCACAUA